AUGAUUUCUUGGCACAUUCUGGAAAGUGGCGAUGAUAAACGAGUAUUGAUUUGGAAAAUGGAAGAAACACUAUUCAAUACAGAAAGUUGUCCAACGCAGUUAGGUGCCACACAUUUAAGUAAUAUAUUUGCUGUAAAAUGGGAUAAUGAAAAUCGUCGAAUAAUCUCAGCCGGAAACGAUGAACAAAUUCUCGUGCACGAUGUUGGCAAACAAGAUCGUAACGAACCAGUUGAUUCUUUUAUUCAAACAUCUCCAAUUUAUGCAAUAUCUGUUGAUCCAUUACAUAAUGAAAUAUUUGCAUCCGCAAGUGAUUUAGGAUCAAUUCAUAUCUACGAUUUGAGAACGGGACAUUCAACUGUUCCAUUUGUUUUGGCUAAAACGGUGACGCCAUUUCACAGUGUCGUCUAUAAUACACAAAAAUCAUUUUAUAUAGCAACAGCGAAUUCUCACGAAGGAAUUGCACUAUACGACAUUCGAAAUAAUAGUGGACCUGUCUUACGCUAUGGUAUAUCCAGGGAUGAAAAUGUGUUUUCUUCCAAUUCAGUUAGUACACUAGAACGUGUUGAUGGUAUGAGUGUUUGUUUUAAUUACAAUGGUACGCUACUGUAUGCAUUACGUCGACGCUUACCGCCUGUUUUGUAUAAAUUAAACGAGCCUAUCGCCUAUUGUCAAUUUGAUGCUGAUAAUUAUUUCAAUUCCUGUACAAUGAAAACAGGAUGUUUUGCAGGAGAUAGAGACCAAUACGUUGUAUCGGGUUCAGACGAUUUUAAUGUUUAUGUCUGGAAAAUACCAACAGAGAAUCUUAAAAAUGAAAAUACGCCUCCAAAGAAUAAUCGACCAUUGACGUCUUUUUCAUCUGAACAUUAUGUCUGGGAUGCCCAUUUAAUACUACGUGGCCAUCGAUCUGUUGUUAAUCAAGUCCGCUUUACAUCUCAUACACAAAUAUUAGUAUCGAGUGGUGUCGAAAAAAUUAUUAAAUCAUGGACACCAUUCAGCUUUCCCGGCUGUUCAGGCAAUUUGGACAACAAUAUAAAUAGCGCAACACUCGAAGGUCGUGAAAUUUAUUCUCAUGACGAUUACAUUCAGUCUGUGUUUGAAACGGGCGUUCUGUAUCCUGAUUACAGUCAAGAAAGUAUCGAAGAAGAUAAACGUAUGAUUGCAUUUUUUGACUCACUAGUUCAACGAGAAUUAGAUGGCAAUUGGACACCUUCAUCAGAUGAUGAUGAUGAUAGUAGUAGCAACAACGAUGGAGAAAACAGUAUUUCGACAGAUGAUGAGGAUAAAGCAAGUAUCGUGACAGGUCAUCGAAUCAAAAUUACCGAACUAGAAGAGAAUGAUGCAGAUACUGAAGAUGAUGAUAUUUUAUUAAUGGAUUGUAUCAAUAAUUUAUCCUCGGAUACAGAUGAUGAUGAUGAUGUAGAAAUACCGACAAAAUCAGCUGUAGAACACAUAGAUCGGCCGAUACGGCCUACACUGUCAUCAAGUUCGUCUCGAUCGACUUCUUGCAAUAAUCAUGAUUGCGACGAAACAAAAUUAUUGGACUAUAGAUCAAGUGUAGAACAAAAACAAACAACUAAAAAUCAUACUACAACGGAUCAUAAUGACAAAUGUAGUGAAAAACAGCAAUCUGUAACAGAAUCAAACUGCACAAAUAACGAUGUUGACAAUCAAAUCUCAAUCAUCGCUCAAGAUUCAUCUUUACCCAUAUCUUCGUCUCGUUCAUCUUCAUCAUCCACGUCAUCCUGUUCUUCGCCAACGAAUAUGUUAUCUAGACGGAAACGAACAUCUCUGUCAGACAGAGAAACAAGUGCAACGACAAUAUCAAACAGUCAUUAUUCUAUAUUUAACCUUCGCACUCGCCGACCAAAUCGAAAUAUAUCGGCAAUUGUUCGUCAACAACGUCUGAAGUAUGUUCAAAUGUUAAAACAAAGUGCAGGCAUUCCGUUCAUCAUCGAACUAAAUGAUAGUAAUAACAAUACGUCGAACACGACAACAACUUUAUCAAAACUUGUCGAAGAAAGCAUUAACAGUGAAAUAUCAUCGUCAAAUACUAAAAAUCAUCAUGAACAUUCUAUAUUAAAUUCACCAGAUCGAAAACGACGACGUUUUUUAUCGCCAGAUCAACAAACAACAACAACAACAACAACAACAACAAGUUCUGUGCCUGUUGAUGAAAAUAAUCGACGUCAAAAUCUAAACACAUUGAGAAUGUUACGAAAUUUUAUUCGUUUAGAUAAUGCCAGAGACGAGAACUUGAUUAUAGCCGGUGAAAAUAAUAAUAAUACAUCAGAUACUACCAUGUAA